AUGCAAGGCCGGAUGCUCCGCCGCAAGGAAGCUGAGGCAGCCGUCGACGUCCUCGGCCUCCAGGCAGUCGAGAGGACGUGGGAUCGUGUGAAGCCUUGCCUGGUCGCCGAACUGCAGACGCACGCGGCUGCGGCACCCGGAUUUUUCCAAUGGCUCUACGCACAGAGCUUGCGAUGGAUCACGCAUCCGCAACACUGGCCGUGGCUCCGGUUGGUCCUUGGCAUUUCGCUGCUCACCUUGGCACCUUCCCGCCUUCUCCGCUGGAGGAACGUUGUGUACUCAUUGUAUUCAGAAGAAGGUUCUGAGAGCAAGUUGCAGUGGGACGAGACGAUUCUGGGGUUGUCCGAGACCGAAGCUUGCACUUUGCGGCUGGCGGACCUGAUAUCCGGCAUCUACGUGACAGCAGUCUACUUUUCAGGUGGGAUUUGGUGGUUCGGAGGUUUGCUGACAGUUUUCAAACUGUCAUCGGCGGUAAGCUUCGUCGUGACACUCAUUCCCACAAGUGCCGUGGACCGCCCCCAGGGUCUCAUAGAAGCCUACCUGAUUGCUGGUCUCUUUGGGGCAGUCCCUUCCAGCGUCAUUCAGCUCGGGGUCCUGGCUUUCAAUGCUCUGCCUGAGACAAACCCACUCCUCUUCUGGAUGGCCUUCGUGCUCCAGUUGCUGUCCGCAGCUGCAGGCAUCAACUCUGCCUUCUUGUGCCUCCGCCAUGUCCCGGCUAUGUUUAUGUUUCUGCGCGAGCAUGAUGAGCUCGACACUGCCCACAAUGUGGAGCCUCUGCUGCCGGGAAAAUCUUUGUUGCUCUGGCGUACUGGAGACGUGGCAUCGCGGGUGAUCUUUUGGAUUGUCCCAUGCUUGGUUUUGGAUGCUGAGGCGCGACUAUUCAUACCCCUUCUUUUCUUAUGUGAGAUGGCGGCAUGUGCACUCUAUUCAAAGAGGUGCUUAAAAGCUUCCUUCCGGGAGAAUGAACGCACCAGCGACGAGCCCCCUGUCUUAGUUUUCCUUGGUCUUUGCACGUGCGGAAUGCCCUGGCCCUGCUUCCCCGCAGAUCUCUGUGCCCAGCUACGCCUGCAAUUGUGCACAGCGCUCUGGCGCAGCAAUCUGAUUAUCUUUUUCAGCAUCAUGGUUCCACACAAGUCGGGAGCUGUGACCCAGCAUGCUUGUCCCUUGGCCACGGAGCCCAUCCUGGAAAUUUUGAUGGGCGUGGGCCUGACGAUGCACCUCUUGGCUAUGCUCGGGGUUUUGAUCUACCAAGCCUUGUUGCGAACUCGAUGCGUGUGCCUGUUCCCAACACGUGCGGUGUUUGGGGACAGCCGGCUGCAUUUGGCUGUGAGCCUCGGUGCCGAGCAUUUGGUGCAGGAGUUCUGGAGAGCCUACGACGAGGAGGGCUCAGACAGGGACAGGUUGCUGCUCCAUGAAGCUGUACUUGCUGGGCAUGUCGAAAUGUUACAUGCCCAGGGAGUCGAUGUUCACACAGCUGAGACCCGGUCGGGAAUUGUUUUUCAUCUUGCAGCGAGAGCCGGAAAGGUCGAUGUGCUGAGGGCGCUUCAGAAGCUUGGCGCAGAUUUCAGCGCAACGGACGAGGAUGGCAGCAAUGCGGCUUUGCUGGCUUCAGGGCGAGGUCACAGUGCCGCUUUGCAGUUCUUGCUGCAGGCGCGGUGCGAUGCAGAGGCACGUAACCGACGCGGCACGAGUGCAAUAAGUGCCGCUACACAACAUGGGCACGCAAGUUUGCUGCCGAUGUUGCUCGAGGCCAGGUGUGACCCGCAAACUGCCGGCAGGGACGGUGAGCCCUUGAUCCUAAUGGCAGCAGGGCUGCAGAUGACCGAUUCGCUGCAGGCCCUCUUGGAAGCGAGAUGCGACCCGAAGAUCGCCACCAAGGGUGGUGUCACUCCAGCCUUGAGAGCGGUGUGGACGGGAAGGGUUGGUGCGUUGAAGCUGCUGUUGGAGGCACGGUGCAAUCCGGAGAUUGCCGACAAGGAUGGUUUCACUCCAGUGAUGGGAGCAGCACGAUAUGGACAUGUUGAUGCACUAGAGUUGCUGUUGAAGGCCAGUUGCGACCCCAAGAUCGCAAGCAACAACGGAAGCAGUGCAGUCAUGUUCGCCGCAGAAAGCAGAGACGUCAGUGUGCUGAAGCUGCUGCUGGAGGCAAGGUGCGAUCCAACCGCUACUGACAAGGAUGGCAACACCCCAAUCAUCAGCGCUGCACAGGCGGGCGAAAGCAUUGAUGCCUUGGAGUUGCUGCUGGAGGUCAGAUGCGACCCCAGGAUAGUCAACAAGUGUGGCAGCAGUGCAGUGGAGUUCGCUGCAGCAAAAGGACGCUGUGACAUGUUGAAGCUGCUGUUGGAGGCACGGUGCAAUCCGGGGAUUGCCAACAAGGAUGGUUUCACUCCAGUGAUGGGAGCAGCAGGCGGUGGACAUGUUGAUGCACUAGAGUUGCUGUUGAAGGCCAGGUGCGACCCCAAGAUCGCAAGCAACAACGGAAGCAGUGCAGUCAUGUUCGCCGCAAAAAGCAGAGACGUCAGUGUGCUGAAGUUGCUGCUGGAGGCAAGGUGCGAUCCAACCGCUACUAACAAGGCUGGCAACACCCCAAUCAUCAGCGCUGCACAGGGCGAAAGCAUUGAUACCUUGGAGUUGCUGCUGGAGGUCAGAUGCGACCCCAGGAUAGUCAACAAGUGUGGCAGCAGUGCAGUGGAGUUCGCUGCAGCAAAAGGACGCUGUGAGAUGUUGAAGCUGCUGUUGGAGGCACGGUGCAAUCCGGGGAUUGCCAACAAGGAUGGAUGCACUCCAGUGAUGGGAGCAGCAGGAUAUGGACAUGUUGAUGCACUAGAGUUGCUGUUGAAGGCCAGGUGCGACCCCAAGAUCGCAAGCAACAACGGAAGCAGCGCAGUCAUGUUCGCCGCAAAAAGCAGAGACGUCAGUGUGCUGAAGUUGCUGCUGGAGGCAAGGUGCGAUCCAACCGCUACUAACAAGGAUGGCAACACCCCAAUCAUCAGCGCUGCACAGGCGGGCGAAAGCAUUGAUGCUUUGGAGUUGCUGCUGGAGGUCAGAUGCGACCCCAGGAUAGUCAACAAGUGUGGCAGCAGUGCAGUGGAGUUCGCUGCAGCAAAAGGACGCUGUGACAUGUUGAAGCUGCUGUUGGAGGCACGGUGCAAUCCGGGGAUUGCCAACAAGGAUGGUUUCACUCCAGUGAUGGGAGCAGCAGGAUAUGGACAUGUUGAUGCACUAGAGUUGCUGUUGGAGACCCGAUGCGAUGCAACCGCUGUCGCAAGGCAAGGGUUUACCGCCGUCCUUUGUGCUGCGGGAGCGACGAGCAGAGCGGUGGAGGUGUUGGAGCUGCUCCUCCAGGCUCGUUGUGACGCCAACUCCGGGCAAGACGCCUUUUGCGGCUUCACCCCAGUCCACAUGGCAACAGCUUCAGGGAACGUCGACGCACUGGAAGUGCUGCUCAGGGCGCGUGGUGACCCACAGAAGACAGCCUCCAAGUUCGCCCUCUGUUGCUCCCCAGCCAUGUUUGCAGCAGGCUCUGGCCGCACUGACGCAUUGAAGGUCUUGUUUGAGACGAGGUGCGAUCCGCGUGCCGUCAACUUCCAAGGAGACACACCGGUCAUGAUCGCAGCUCGUGCAGGCCGCGACGAUUCUUUGAAGUUUCUGCUCCAGAAAGGCUGCUGCGACUUGAGGACUCGCAAUAAGAAUGGUGACACCGCGGUAUCGUUGGCUGCAGCGGCGGGUGAAGUUGGAGCGUUGCGCCUGCUUCUCGAGGCAAGAUGUGAGCCGUGGAACGGUGGCGGCAGGACAGACGUCGAGGAAGCGAGCGGAGUGACGGCCGUUCAGACGCGCGUCUUGGAGUGGCUCCUUCAACAAGGAGAGUGUUUGACCAAAUCGCAGCUUGUGCUCAACAGCACCGAAGCUUUGACGUUAGCUUACCAAAGGCCCAUGCUCUCGAAGAAACUUUCAGAGUCUUUUGUGCUAAGACAGUAUUUGCAGCAGCCCGAACUGCAAGAGCAAUUGCGGGGACUCACAGACCUGGCGCCCAGUGAUGCUAAAGUUUUCGAUGCCUGCGGGGUGCCGAGCCUCGCUCGGAGCUCCGGGAAGUUUUAUCACGAAGUGGAGUUCCUUGGUUUUGUUGGUGAGUCUCUGCUCGGCUGGCUCACGACCCAGUUCGGACCUGCGGUGGAGGGUAACCAUUUUCUGCGUGGCCUGCCGACAGGUGUCGGCUUGGAUGCUGAGGGCUGGGCCUUCGACUCCAUGCGUGCAUGUCACUGGCACGACUUCAAGUCCAGUGAGGCCAACAUGGACCGUUGGCGCCCGGACGAUCGGCUCGGCCUAGCGAUAGACCUGGAUGAGGGGACCAUGCUCAUCUCGGACCGGUAUGGCACCUGGCGCAACGAGGCUGCCUAUCGCAUGACCUUCCAGAAGGGCGGACCCGGCAAAGUCCGGGCCGUGCAGUCGCUCAUGGGCCUGGAUGUUUUGAGUUCGGUUGCUGCCCCCCUCGCAGGCCGGAUGCUCCGCCGCGAGGAAGCUGAGGCAGCCGUCGAGGUCUCCGGCCUCCAGGCAGUCGAGAGGAUGUGGGAUCGUGUGAAGCCUUGCCUGGAAGUGCGGACACAUUCAGCUGCCGUGCCUUCUUUUGUGCAGUCGCUCUACAGGCAAAGCCUGCGAUGGAUAUCGCAUCCGCAGCACUGGCUGUGGCUGAUCGUUGGUGUGUCUGUGGUCAUGUUGGCACCGGUCGGUAUUCUGCGUUGUAGGGAUGCUUGUUUGGGAAAAUCAGAGGAGAGCAGCUUGCAAUGGGAGGAGGAGAUUUUGGGAUUGUCGGAGGCAGAAGCGUGUGCUCUUCGCUUUGUGGAGCUGAUCUCCGGCAUCUAUGUCACAACGACCUACUUUGCCGGCGGACUUUGGUGGUUCGGUGGUAUGCUGGCAUUCGUGAAACUGUUCUCAGCUCUCAGCUUUGUCGUGACAUUGGUUCCAAAAAGCAGGUCACCUCGAAGCCCCGUCGAAUUCUACUUGAUGACUGGUCUCUUAGGGGCAGUGCCCUCCAGCCUCAUUCAACUUCAUGCUCUUGCUUUUGAAAGCUUCCCUGAGAGCAAGCUGUGGCUCCUUUGCGUGGCAUUCGUGCUGCAGCUGGGCUUUGCGGCUGCGACCACCAACUCCGGCUUCCUGUGUCUCCGAGGAGAUGAAUCUCAGGAGCAGCCUUUGCUUCCGCGAAAAGCUUUGUGGCUCUGGCGCACUGCAGACAUGGCAUCGCGGGUGAUCUUCUGGGUGGUGGCAUGUAUGGUUCUGGAUCGUGAGGCACGUCCUUGCAUACCCUUCAUCUUCUUGUGCGAGCUGGCAGCGUGUGGUCUGUACUGGAGAAGGUGUUUGCAAACGUCGUUGGAUGAGCAUUCCAUUCACACGAGGGAUCGCCAGAUAGGUUUUCUUGUGCUUUGCCUGUGCGGAAUGCCCUGGGCAUGUUUCCCAGCGGAUCUCUUGGCCCAGCUACGGCUGCAACUGUGCGCAAUGCUCUGGCGCAGCAAUCUCGUGAUUUUUUUCAGCAUCAUGGUUGUGCACAGAUAUCCAACCGUGACAAAGGGUGCGUGUCCCCUUGCCGCAGAGCCCGUCUUAGAAGCCUUGAUGGGUGUGGGUCUAACGAUGCACCUAUUGGCUAUGCUUGUGGUUUUGAUCUACCAAGCCCUGUUGCGAACUCGAUGCCUGUGCUUGUUCCCAACACGUGCGGUGUUUGGGGACAACAGAUUGCAUUUGGCUGUGAGCCUCGGUGCCGAGCAUUUGCUGAAAGAGCUUCGGACAGCUGACGAGGAGGGCUCAUACAGUGACAGAUUGCCGCUGCUCGAAGAAGCUGUGCUCGCUGGGCAUGGUGGUGUGAUAGAAAUACUUCAUGCGCAGGGAGUCGACGUGUGCACGGCCGAGACCCAGUCUGGACUUGCCCUUCAAGCUGCAGCGCGAACUGGGAAGGUAGAUGUGCUAAGGGCACUUCGAGAGCUCGGAGCCGAUCCCAGCGCAACGGGCCGACAUGGCAGCAAUGCGGCGUUGCUGGCAUCAGAGGGAGGCCACGGUGCCGCUUUGCAGUUCUUGCUGCAAGCAAGGUGCGAUCCACAGGCACGCAACCGCGAUGGCUACACUGCGGUCGUCGUUGCUACAGAAAACGGAGCAACUAGUUUGUUGCCGAUGUUGCUGGAGGCCAGGUGUGAUCCGCAGACUGCCGGCAGGGACGGUGAGCCCUUGAUCCUGACGGCAGCCUCACUUCUCGGGACCGAUUCACUGAAAGCCCUCAUAGAGGCGGGAUGCGAUCCGAAGAUCGUUGGCAAGGGUGGCGUCACUGCGGUCUUGCGUGCAGCAGCCAGUGGAACGGUCGACGCAUUGAAGCUGCUGCUGGAGAACAGGUGUGACCCAAGCCUUGCGGACAAAACGGGAGACACUCCGGUCAUCGUCACCGCAACAAGUGGACACAGAGAUGCCUUAAGGUUUCUGUUGGAGGCCAGAUGCGACCCGAACGUCACCAACAAGAAAGGUGUCAGUGCAGUCAUGCAGGCCGUGGCAAGUAUCCACCUUGGCAGUCACCUUGGUGCAUUGGAGCCAUUGGAAUUACUGUUGCAUGCACGAGGCGACCCAAGCAUUGCAGAUAAUUCUGGAGACACCCCAAUCAUAAAAGCUGCUUACAAUGUUCAUAGCACCGCUGCCUUGAAGUUGCUCUUGGAGGCAAGGGGCGAUCCGAAGAUCGUAAACAAGCGUGGGAGCAGUGCAGUCAUGUUCGCCGCGAGACAACAAGAGGUUGCUGCAUUGAAGCUGUUGUUGGAGGCAAGAUGCGACCCAAGCUUUGUGGAGAAGAACGGCGAGACGCCUGCCAUUGUAGCUGCACGCCAUGAAAGCACCGAUGCCUUAAGCUUGCUGUUGGAGGCAAGAUGCGACUUAAGUAUGGCAGACAAGGAUGGAAACACCCCGGUCAUUACAGCCGCGGGGAAUGAUUGCCUGGAUGCACUAAAGUUGUUGUUGGAAGCGAGAGCUAAUCCCCGGAGCGCUAACAAAGAUGGUAGUGGUGCAAUCAUCAAAGCGGCAGCAACUGGCCAAGUUGAUGCAUUGGAGUUGCUGUUGGAGGCAAACUGCGACCCAGGCAUGGCAGACGAGGAAGGCAACACGCCAAUCAUAGCAGCUGCAGGCAAGGGACGCACUGACGUUGUAAAGUUGCUCGUGGAGGCCAGAGGCGACCCGAGGGUCCUCAACAAGCACGGUCAGAACGCCAUCUUCUACUCUGCACGCCACGGAGAUGCUGAGCUACUGAAGCUUCUGAUGGAAGCGAGAUGCGACCCGUGCGGUGUCGACAAGCACGGCUUCACAGCAGUCAUGCCUGCCGCCACCACGGGAAAUCUUGAUGUGCUGAAGAUGCUCCUCGCGACUCGAUGCGAUGCGGAGUCUGCCGACACAUGGAUGGGUUUCACUCCGCUGAUCUUCGCAACCAUAGGCGGGCAGGUCGAUGCACUUGAUAUUCUGCUCCGUGCCAAGUGUGAUCCACACAAGAGAACAUCUCGGGCGAUCUACUGUGAAUCUGCAGCGACAGUUGCAGCAAGGACGGGCAAGGCUGAGGCGCUGAAGGCCCUGCUGAGGGCGAGGUCCGAUCCUGAAGCUGCCAACAUCGCUGGAGAUACGGCGGUGAUGCUGGCAGUGAGAGAAGGCCAUCAUGAGGCUGUCAGUCUCCUACUCCGUGAACGCUGCGACUUGACGGCUCGAAACAAGGACGGUGACACGGCGGUAUCGUUGGCCGCUGCGACAGGUGCGAUGACUGCGUUGCGGCUACUUCUCGAGGCAAGGUGCGAGCUUGAUCUGCGGACCGGUGGCAACAACACAGCUCUGGACAAAGCGAGCGAGGUGAUGGAUCUGCAGAGUCGGGCAGUUCAGUGGCUCCUUCAUCCGCCUGCCUGGGCGGACGGAGAAGAUGUUCGCCAGCUAGCACUCAGCAGCACCGAAGCACUAGCCCUGGCUUACCACAGGCCCAAACUCGCCAAGCAGCUCAGAGAGCAAAUUCAUGUGCGACAGCCCAAGCUGCAAGGACAGCUUCGUGGGCUUACAGCUUUUCUGCCCAGCAAUUUCGCGCCUUCUGCAAGGGACAGCUCGUUCAUCGUUCUGACCUGCGGCGUGCCGGAGGUUGCCCGCAGCUCUGGGAAGCUCUAUCACGAGGUGGAGCUGCUAAGUUUCAUAGAAGCUGCUCAGCUCGGCUGGCUGACGACGCAGUUCGAUCCUGCUACGAAGGGUUCGACAUUCGGUCCCCCCAAGAGCGUUGGCGCUGAUGCCGAGGGCUGGGCGUUUGAUGCCCAGCGCGCAGCUCAGUGGCACGACAAAAGACAGACGGAGGCUAACAUGGCCCGUUGGCGUCCUGACGACUGGCUCGGUCUAGCGAUAGACCUGGAUGAGGGGAUCAUGCGCAUCUCCGACCGGGAUGGCACGUGGCACGAAGAGGCUGCCUAUCGCAUGAACUUCCAGAAGGGCGACCGCAGUCUGUAUCCGGCCGUGAGCUUAGACGGGCACUUCCGGAUGCAUCUCAAUGCCGCUGCGUGGCGACACAGACCGCCCUCUGCCAAGUACCAGGCCGGUGAGUUCCCGCAAGGGUUGUAUAGAUUUGGGAGUUUCCGAAAAUUAGGGGUACCUUAUUUAGGGGUUCUCAUAAUAAGGAUCCUACUAUUCAGGGUACUAUAUUAG